AUCAGAGAGCACGUUUUCAUGUUGUAUCACACUUGCUAACGGAAGUAGUGGCACCACAGUUGACACAAACAACCUCAGUCUUUAUAAAUAAGAUGGAGGUGGAUCAGCUGCUGUCUCUCUCAGGUCCAGCUCUGGCUCAGGCCAUCAGCUCUCUGCUGGAAACCCCAGGCCUCUACGUUUUCUCAGACAUACUAGAACUGCCCAACGUCCGUGAGCUGGAGACGGGUCCCCACGCUCCAGUGUACCAGCUUCUCAAUCUUUUUGCGUAUGGAACUUACUGCGACUAUAAAGAGAGGGCAGCCUCACUUCCUGAACUCACACCCGCCCAGAAGAACAAACUCCGUCACCUGUCAAUCAUCAGCCUGGCCUCCAAUCUAAAGUGUCUGCCGUAUUCACUACUGCUCCAGCAGUUAGAGCUGAAGAAUGUGCGCGAGCUGGAAGACCUGCUGAUCGAGGCUGUUUACAGUGACAUUAUCCAUGGGAAACUGGACCAGAGGAACCAGCAGGUCGAGGUAGAUUGCAGCAUAGGUCGAGACCUGGGCCCCAAUGAAUUACCCAACAUUGCCAACACACUGCAGGAGUGGUGUACAGGCUGUGAAGCAGUUCUGUGUGGCAUUGAGGAGCAGGUGUCAAGAGCCAAUCAGUACAGAGAAACCCAGCUCAAGGUCAAAGUUCAAGUGGAAACAGAGGUAUCAAACCUACAAAAAACCCUUAAGGCAAGUUCUGCUUCCCCAUCAUCUGGCCCCGCCCCUGCUGGAGCAGCGUCCAAUCAGGAUGCAGACCAGCCAGCUGAGCCAAGAGACCCUGCCUCCUCUCAGGAACCACGGCAACCAGGAAAAAAGAGUUCAAAGGUCAAAGGUGAAAAAACAAACUCAUCUACAUCUUGGAUGUCUUGAGGGCUUCGUGGGAGCGGAAAGAUUUGGUCAAAGUCUAAUUGAUCUUAAGCGCUGAACUCAAUCUUCAGUAACCCACUCACAGACAGACAUAUUGUGGACUGCUUGCUUGGAUAGACAGAAAAACAAAACUUGCCACUUCUCAGACACAAUCUAACACAAAUACAUAAUCUAACACAAAUACAACUUUUACACAAUGCUGGGAGCGUGUUUAUGUACAUGUGUGCUGUAAAUGUCAUUUAAUUUGACUCAUACUCCUUUUCCUUUGCGUGUGUGUUUUGUUUGUUAUUAAAUCUGGAUGUAAAUUGAUGAAGCCAGUGAAUAAAUGAUAUCCAUCUGUCA